AUGAAGGGCUUGCUUGGCUUCACGGUCCUCGUGCUGCUCUCGCUGGUGCACAGCUCCUGCGCCGUCUAUGUUCAGGAUGGAGACUUGAAAUUUUCCCUGGAGUCCGUGAAGAAGCUGAAGGAGCUUAUGGACAAGAGCAGAGAUAUUAACCCCCGCAUGAAGAGCAUCUGGGUGCCCUGUGAGGAAAAAGAUCUCCCCGAGGAGUUCCGGAGUGUGUGUGAAAGAAAAGACGCACCCGUGGUGUUUGGGAGGCUGAACCAGGCUGUCCAAGAGAUAGACCUGUGCGAAAUCUGCGUCAACGCAGCCUGUGCCGGCUGCUUGUGAAGAAGGACAAGGGAUACUCCAAGGAGACGCUCCAAGUCAUGAAGCUCGUGCUUUUGUCUCAUGACAUCCCAUAUAUCC